CUCAUCUGUGUGCACUUUACGCGCGGUCCCUGCAAACAUCUGCUCUCUCUGUUCAUCUAUAGAGACUCGGUCGCGUACCCGCACGCAUCAGACGCGAGAUCUGAAGUCUGAACCCGGGACAGCAGGAGUCAUGGGCAUCCGUUACAUCUCUCUCAUACUCGCUGGACUUCACGUGCUCACUUGCACAACAUGGGCUUCGGUGAAGGUGAGCAUGGAAGACAGGGUGGAGGUUUCAUUAAACAGCCAGGCCAAGAUCUCCUGUAUGUACACUUCGAAUGAGAAGGCCAUAAGGAUAAUAUGGUCUAAGAAAUUGCCAGGCAAGGACCAAGGAAAAAUAAUCUACCAGAUUGAAGGUGGAUAUGGGCGUAUAGAAGAAAAUAGUUACAGGGGGCGGAUAAAUAUCAGUCACUCUGAUGAUGUCAAUGAGUCACGGGGAAGCAUCAUUCUGACCAUUGAUGAUGUGCAACUGAGUGAUGAGGCUGAGUUCAUCUGCACGGUGCACAAUCUGUCCGAGGAUCACAGUGAAGGACGCACUUGGCUCCAAGUUUUUAAUUCUCCAUCUUUUCCUGUGAUUGUUGGUACACACAGCGGAAUUUCUGUUACUGAAGAGAAGCCAUCAAAGGUUGCAGAAUGCAAAGUAGACAACGGCUACCCAAAACCCAACAUUACCUGGUACAAGAAUAAUUUCCCUCUCCACUCUGGAGCUGGUGAUGUUAAGAUCAAUGAAAAGGUGACAAAGAAUCCCAGCGGCCUGCUCACAGUAGAGAGUGAACUUCUUCUUAAAGUUGUGAGGGACGACGAGGAUGCCAAGUUUUACUGUGAAGUCAAUUAUUUUCUCCCUUAUGAGAAAAGGAUGACUGAAUCCGAUACUAUCAACAUCACAGUACACUACCCCACGACACAUGUUACAAUGUCCAUAAAUCCACCUGAAAAGCUUUUUAAAGAAGGCGACACUGUGGAGAUCAGAUGUAAGGGAAAUGGAAACCCGCAGCCCAUAUUUACCUUCAGGCAUAUCAGGCAUGAAGAGGAUUUGCUGGACUCAGAAAAUGACCUCUUGAUUCUGGAUGAUGUCAGGCGUUCACACAGUGGGACAUAUGUGUGUCAAGCUUUUGACAUACAAACAUCAACUGAGAUAGAGGACUCCAUCAAUAUCACAAUACACUAUUUGGAUGAAAUUGUUGUGAAACCAAAGGAGCGAGUGCUGGACCAAGGAGACAAUCUAACCUUAACCUGUAAUGCCCUGUCUUCUCUGUCUAUAUACACAGCAUGGUAUAAGGAUGAAAUACGAUUGGCGGAGGAACAUGUUUUACACUUACAUAAUGCCUCCCUUGACACAGUGGGGAUGUAUACGUGUGAAGUUACUGUCGUUGAGCUGCCUGAGCUAAAGAAACAGAAGUCUUUCCAAAUUAAUGUGAGAGAAAAGCCAGAGAUCACAGAGAUAACAGUUGGCCCAAAGGAUAUGGAUGACAACUCUGUUAACUUGACAUGCUAUGCACAAGGGUUCCCUAUCCCCACCAUCUCCUGGGACCUCUAUGACCUACGGACUGACCAGCCUCUCAAUGAAACAAGUGUUGAGAACCAGAUUACUGGUGAGGGUAUUUUCAGCGUGAUCUCUGUCAUUGCCACCUCUGAUUUCACAGCCAACUGCAGCGCCUCCAAUGAUCUCGGGACGACCACCGUUUCUCGUGACGUUACAGCCGGACCAUCGACUACAACCAUACUCCCUUCAACAACAGCAACAGAAACUAGUGUACCAGAAACUAGUGUACCAAAAAAACCACAUCAACAAGGUGGCAGUGGAGUCAUUAUAGCGGUCAUUAUCAUCUGCCUUCUCCUGCUUGCCAUUCUGGGCAGUUUCCUUUACUUCCUCUACAAGAAAGGCAGACUUCCAUGUGGACGACAAGGAAAGCAGGAUUUCACAAAGGAAAAUGCUAGUAAAGAUGACGUGAAGAGCGGCAAAUCUGAAGAGGCUGUUCUUCUACAGGGAGUCAACGGUGACAAAAAAUCUCCCACUGAAUAGCGAGUUCAAACCCAAAAGCAACAUUGGACGAGCAGCGAGGACAAGAAAAAUAAGCUUUUGUCCCACACAACACUCUCAGGGUGAAAUCUCCACACCAGAGUGCUCCCCAUCACUAAAUAUCCACUUCUAUCAUCCUUUUUCCUGACCAUGUUUUGUAUUUGACUUGCUAUUAUCUGAUGCAGCAUACUAUGAUCUAAAAACACAAAGUCCAUUAUAGAGUUAAUAAAGUGUAUAUAUGAAUACUGUACAUAUUUAGCUAUUUAAAAUGCCUGAGGGACAGCAUAUGAAAGGUUGUGCUACAAUAUCAUUUUCAUUUUGAAAAACUUUAAGGUGUUUUAACAAGUAAUUUGCUGUCUAUGUGCCUGUUUAAAACCUGCUCUCACCUCUGCCACAUUAUAGUCCAUGCACUGAACGUCUAAGAGCCACCUUUAUCACUGCAACACGACUGUAAACAUUUGAUCUAUUCUGAACACAGCACUGAAACUGCCCAAUGAUCAAUGGCAAUUUCUGCUCGAGGGCAAUUUCAUUUAUUAUGAAAAAGCUCUGACCUGAUUGACCUUUAACUCCAUAUUUUUGUAAUGUUGGGCUCAUGUGACCUCUCACUGGCUUUUUGUAUUUUAUUAGCUAGGCUAUAUCAAAUUUUGUUUGUGUAUAAAAGCACUGUAUAUGAGGGCCCAGUUAGGUUUCGGAGAGAAAUGAAAGCAUACUGUACAGCAGCAGGGACUGAUGCUCAGCUAUAUCCCAUUGCCUUUAUUUUUUUACUACAAUGACCUGCUGUCAACUUGCACUGAAUGUAAAUAAUGAAGGAUGAACUACACGAUUCUCUUCCCAUGUUUAAGUUUUGUGAGUGAUUAUUCAAAUACAGGUGCUUUUCAUCGCUUUCAUUUUAAAUGCAGGGUUAUAUCAUACAGAUAUAUAUGGAAGGGAAAGUGGAACAGAGCGGAAACACAAAGGAUAUAUUUUGAUACUACUUUUUUUUUAAACGUAAGAUUUAAGGCUGUAUUAAUAGGAGAUAUUGGGUACACCCCAGUAUUUGUGUUGUGUAUCUUUUAAUUGUUAGUCAUACCAAAGCAGACUUCUAUACAGCGUUCUGGCUCUACAUUGCAAAUCAUGUUUCUUUGACUUGUGUUUGUAUUUUUUUUUAAUUUCUUCUGCUAUGUUACACCUUUUAUUGGGUCAGUGGAAUUUGUUAAUGCUUGUUUUUCAAUUUUCCUUGUAUUUCUAUUAAAAGGGCUGGCUUAAUCAAGCCUUAA